CCGCUCACCAGCGCUGGUUUCCCGGUUCCUGCAUGUCCCAGCGUUGCCGUGUGGCAGAGGGAGCCCUGCCUCAAGGAUUUGAGCCUCAGCGUCCAUCUCUGGCAUCUUUUGUGUGUUUUUUUCCAUGAAGCUUUUUCAAACGCUGCACCUGAGUUGCUCAGGAGAGGAUGGGCGCAAGUCUCCUGGCAGCAUCUGCCCGCAGGAGGGCAAUCGCUCGAGGAGUGCCGGCUCCCAGGGCAGUGGGGAGCAGCUCUGGGGGGGGUCGAGGCAUGAGAUGAUCCAGCUGUUUCCAGGGGAUGUGCUUGGGGGACCCCAAAUCCCCUCCUGACGUAGCAUGGCCUAAAACGGUAGCUCGAAGGCAUGGCAUAGCCUGCUCGCCUUGAAGGGCUGUUCCAGCCUUUUUCUUUUUCCUAAACUUCUGGAUUUUCACAUUGUUUAAAAACGCUGAUGUGGACCUCACUGUGGUGGCUCUGUGGCUGCCGAGCUCAGUGCUGAGCCCCUGCAGCCUCAGGGCUCCUGCUCAGCGGGUUUGCCCGGACAGAUCCGUUUGAAGCUACCAGAGCAGCUUUUUGCUGCUUUUUCUGCCGCUGGAACUUGCACAGCCAACACGCAUGGAAAGGCUUUUUUGUCCCGUGUGGAUAAAUGAGAAAUUUUUCCAGCUUUUAAAGCAUGGUACAAGCCAGGCGCAUCCUCUCUGGACCCCCUGUUUUCCAGAGCGUGUCCCACCACGUCCUCCCCCAGCAGGACGGGGGGGGGUGAGUGGGAGGAGGCAAAGCCCAGCCUUCCCCCAGCGACUGUGGGCAGGAGGGCAGGCAGCGGACGCCCAGCCCCUCUUUUGGGAGUGGGAGAUGGGUGCUCUUUGCUGACCGCCCCACACUCUGCUGAGGAUCUCAUGUCCAGCUCACCCUCUGGUCUCCAGGUCAUGCUGGCGUAUCAUCCUUGGGCUGCAGGAGAAUUUUUUUUUUCCCCUUUAUAUCUUAAGAAAGAAAUACAAUUGAUUCACAGAACGGCCGGAUAACGUAAAGCGUGUGUGAGUGGUACGAGGACCCUGGAAUUAAAGCAACAAGGAGAAUAAAGGAUGCUUCUUUAAAGCACAUACAAGCGCGGGACUGUUGGUUUUAUAGCCCAAAUCCCAUUGCUCUUAUUUCAGGGCAGACGGGCAAGCUGAUGUACGUGAUGCACAACUCCGAAUACCCCCUCAGCUGCUUCGCUCUCUUUGAAAACGGGCCCUGCCUCAUAGCAGAUGCCAACUUUGAUAUCCUUAUGGUGAAGUUGAAAGGCUUCUUCCAAAAUGCCAAGGCGAACAAGAUAGAGAGCCGGGGCACCCGCUACCAGUACUGUGACUUCUUGGUGAAGGUGGGCACGGUUACAAUGGGGCCCAGUGCCCGUGGGAUAUCUGUGGAGGUGGAGUAUUGCCCCUGUGUGAUAGCCAACGACUGCUGGAACCUGCUGAUGGAGUUCAUGCAGAGCUUCAUGGGGAACCACACUCCCGGUAUCCCGUCCGUUUUUGGCACCAAGCAUGACAGCAUCUACAGCCCGGCGGACACCAUGGUUCAGUACAUGGAGCUGUUCAACAAGAUCCGCAAGCAGCAGCAGGUGCCUGUAGCAGGGAUCAGAUGAAAGGACUCCCUGGAGCCCCGUUUAGAGCGACUGCAUCCUCUUUUCUGCCUGCCCAUCUGGAUGAGGAGUCCCUCCAAAAAGUGGCACCAGAGGCAGCCCAAGGUUUUUUUUCUUCUCAGUCUCUUUUUUUCCCCUGUUUCAAAGCAAAGUUCUUGAACACUAUGUGUAUUUCUUGUUAUCCUCCUCUGGUUUUGAGCACGCCUGGGAUGGUUCUUAGUACAGUGCUUCGUGCAGGGGAUUACUGUUCGUCAGCAGAAGGAAGGAGACGGAGAAAUUCCAGCCAAAUGCAUGCAAGGGCGGAGCUUCCUUUGACUGCAAACAGCUACAUGAGAGAUUUUUUUUAAAAAAAAUUCUUUUUUAGAUACCCAUGUGAAAGUGUCUUGUUACUUUUCAUCAAAAUAAAAAGCUGUAUUUUGUGAGGAGAUGGAGUCUUUCCACACAGCA